CGCUGUUAUCACAUGCUCAUGGCCAUAAUACACCAUUAGCAGACAAGCUUACCUGUUUUUGUCUCCUCUUCAAAUCUUAUGUAUAUAUAACCACUAGAGAGAUUCAAGUCUAAGAACUUACAGAACAACAUUUGAAUCCUUUCUUAAACCAAACCAAGAAAGAAAAAACAAACAAACAAGUUUCCUUAGCUAUCAAUCAAACAUGUAUGACUCUAGUUUAGAUGAAAGUCCUCACCAUGUUCGCUCGGUUAGUUUACCAUCCAAAACCAAUCCCAACAUUUCAAGAAUCGAUGAAGCAUUGAGAAAGCUAAAAGCUUGGGAAUCAUCUGCAAUCAGUUCUAAAGUGGAAAAUGCUUGUAUUGGUUUGUCAAGUCUUGGUGAUUUGUACAAGUGUGUUGAGGAUCUUAUUCGGUUGCCCCUGACUCAACAAGGUCUCGUCCGCCAUCAAAAUGAGAAAUGGGUGGAAGAUGUUUUGGAUGGUUUCGUCAGAUUAAUAGACGUCUGCGGUACUGCAAGAGAUAUCAUGACUCAGAUGAAAGAAAAUGCAGGAGAGCUUAGAUCAGUUCUUCGAAGAAGAGCCGAGGAGUCAUGCAAAGAAGAGAAGGUUGAGGCUUAUGUAUCUUGCAAGAAGAAAUUGAACAAGUGUCUCAACAAGUGCGUCGAAGAUUUGAAAAAACUGGACAAGAAAUUAGUGUCUGCUCCUCUCUUGGUCCAAGACAACCAAAAUACUCAUCUUGAGAUGGUCGUUAAGAAUCUAAGAGAAGUAAGGGCAUCCACUGUUUCGGUCUUUCAAUACUCCGUCAUGGCUUUUGUUUCUGAACAAAAGAACACCAAGUGGGGAUUGGUAUCAAAACUCGUUCAAAAGGGACCAGCAAAGUCUGACGACGAACCUGAUGUGGUAGAGUGCGUAGAUAUUGCUCUUCGGUCCCUCUUCCGACGUGUUUCAAGCAAAGCCGAUGAGGCAAAGAACGUGCAACUAGUCCAGAAAAGGUUGGAGGAACUUGAAGACGGCAUUGAAGGUGUGGAGGUUGGAUUAGAGUGCAUUUCAAGGCGACUAAUUCAAACUAGAGUCUCCUUACUUAACAUCUUUACUCAAUAAAAUCUUUGUAUUUUUGUGCUUUUGAAACAAUAUGUAUUUUAAUCUCUGUUCCUUUAUUUGCAUCCACAUUUUAGCAUUCAAAAAAAAAAAAAAAGGGUUUGGCAUCUGCAUUUGUGGGCAUACUGAUGAGAUGUGUAGAACAGGAGGUUAAUACAGUAUAAACCAGAGUGUAUAGGAUAUCAUUUGAAUAUAAAUUUAUUUUUUCACAAUCAAA